AAAAAAUUGAGACAGUUUUGGUCCUUAUCGCGACCCAUCUCAGCUGCUGUGUUUGAGGUUUCUACUGAGAGUGACCGACCGAAGGAAAGGGCAGAAACCGAAAUUAUUUUCAUCUGAGUUCCUCAUUUUUUUUUAUAAUGAAACCGAGCCGGUAAGUUGACGAUUCACUUUAGGUCAAAUGGAUCCUUGUCAAAAAAACAAACAAACAAACAAAAAACAGCUGAGUCUCUGUUUUUGCUUUCAUAGAGCAGAAACUUGAAGACCAUUGAAGAGUUGACUAAGUUUCAUGUUAUUUCCAAAUCUUUCUCUUUGUGUCAUAGAAAGUCGAACUGACUCAUAGGUCUUGUACGCUUUACUGGAGGGGGUCAUGUUUUUACACUUUGCAGUCGUUUAUGCACCCAGCGUGUACUUUCUUUAUAACUCUUCAUAAGCAUAUUAUGGCAGAGCUGAGUUUUAAUGGGGAAUACAAAUACAGGAAUCGUUCAACAAGUGUUUUUAUUGUCAAUUGCACAGAUACAACAGUCAUAUCUUGACCUCUGGAAAUGCAACUAUAACCCACAGCUGGAAAACACCAUAAAACUAGUAAAUGAACAAAACAACAACAACAACAACAACAAACCCAAGCUUUAAGUGUUUACAACAACUUCCCAUACGGCCUUGCUACAACUAAUGGGCCAACUGAGAGGCAACUAUCCAGGGUCGCCACAAUAUUUUAAGGCUGACCUUCCUGUGCUUGAGUACCCAUAGGGGAGAGUGGGGUAAGUUGAGCCAAAGGGUAAGUUGAGCCACCCCCUGUUGCUUGGAAAUGGUAAAAGAAAUUGAUCAUGUGACCAAAUGUUUAGGAGAUGGGCAUCAAUUCAUGGAGUCUGUGAAGGUUAGAAGCACAUGGGUGAAGUGGUUAGACAUUUAUUUACAAAAAACAUUCUUCACUCUUGAAAGUGAAUUUAGUCUGUCAUAAGUUUUAUUAGAAUUAGUAGGGAUACAACUCAACUUACCCUACUCCUAUGGUCAACUUACUCCAUACACGGGGUAAGAUGAGCAUAGGAGACCACUUUUUUUUUGCUAUAUUUGCUUUUUUUGCGUGCUAUAUUAUCAAGACAGUUAUGUUUACACUAAUUCUGUUGGUUUGCAGGGAUGGACAAGAUCUUGAAAUAUAUGCAGAUAUACUAGUUAGAGACAAAACUAUGAUUGCCUUAAUGUAACGAUCGGAAAUAUUAAAAAACGGCUCAUCUUACCCCACUCUUCCCUGCGUUAUGUCUACUGAAUAUGACAGUGGCCAGUUUCUUGUUACCUGGCAUAGUGAACUUACAUUUAUCUGCAGCACCUUCAAUGAUUUAAAAAACAAAUUCACAAACAUUUUAAAACUUUAUGCACACUUUUCUAUUUGACAACACAGUUUUAAAAACUUGAAAUCACAGAAAUUCACCCAAGAAGCUCUGCAAGGCAUCCCACAUUAAAACUAAAGUGGAAAAGUAAAGGGCAAAAUCAUUGGGUUUUAAAUAAUGUAUAAUGUAAAAAAAACAACAACAUUGAUAGUAAAAAAUAGAGCCUGACAUUUUCUCUUUGGGGUUUAUGGUGAAACAUACUGUUUGUCACACUGUGAAACUAAGUUUAAACAAGUGCUUAAGAGGUUCCUUUUUAUGUAAACUAGAUUUCACUUCCCUGUUUUCAACAGUUACUUCCUCAUGUUUGACGUUGUCCAGUCCAGUUUGCGUGGUUAUGAGAAGGGCAUUAUUUCCAUCCGCCUACGGGAGAACAAACAGGCUGUGGAGUAAAUAUGCUUCGAAUUUGGAUUUACAUCUAAGAUUAGGUGACUUCUUGACAAUUACAGGAGGAUUGAUGAAGAUGGAAGAGACCGGAUGGGAGAAAACCCAUGAAAACCUCUUUGUGAGAUGUGAGAUAUGAGGAGGAGUCCUGAAUUUUUCAAAGUAGUAAGUAGUUCAGCCACUGCAGCUGUCACAAUAAGUAUUAGCAUGUUUCAUGGUCAGUGUGACUCUUAAUUUACUUCAGUAUCAUAUGAGAGAUGGACUUGGGUAACAAUUUGUGAAUAUAUUUAUGUUGCAAUUAAAAUGUCUUCUCAACUUUAGGAUAACUCUUCUACAGGUAUUAAAAGAUUAUUGAUGACAAACUUCUCUAACUUUGCUUUGAGUAAACUUAUCUAGUGCGAUCAAAAGGUUAAAAACUAAUGAAGUCUAUUCAUGAGCAUGUCAGCAUGCUGGUAUCUCUAUUUAGCUACUUCUAUUUAAGUCUAGUUUCUGUUUCACCAUCUGUUAGAGUACAUUGUAAUAAUUCUGCUGAACAGCUGCAGAUCUCUGAGCUGCUGAGAUGGAGGAAGCGUACACUGAGCUGUACCAGGAGUUCCUCCGCCUGAGGUCCCUCUGCCUCAGACAGGCAGCUCUGCUACAUCAGCUCACAGCUGCUCUACAGAAACAGCAAGGUGCUUAUAAUAAAAAGUAUUCUUGUACCAAUGCUCAUAAAAGUAUAAGAGUAUUUAUCCUAACAUAUUUAAAAACGUUCAUUUCUAGGUGUUGCUGCUCCUGAUAGAGAGCAUGAUUUGAUGUCCAUACCCGUCCAUUCUGUCCAAGAAACCCCGGGUUGUCUCCGAGAAAAACCUGAACAAUUAACUGCCACUACGCACAACCCUGCAGCUCAGUGCAACCAUGAUGAACUCUCCAGAAAUGAAGGGACUUUCUCUGAUCUCCUGGCUGCAGACAUGUCCGGGCUCUGCAUGGAUUUAGCUUCUCAGACGAAGGAGAAUGGGAACUUGGAACAAAAUAUCGCACCUUUGCGAAGUGUGGACUCCUUAAGGUUGCAGGGAACCUCUUCCAAUGUCUCCAAAAACCCAGGUCCAGCAGAUCAUUAUAAGAUGAUGCACACUGUGAUGGUAAGUACCUUUGGCCAUGAGUUUUCCAAUCUGUGACUGUAUUUUGACUCUAUUCUCUGUCCAUAAAUGUCACAAACUUGUACUUUUUUGUUUGUGUCAGAUGCCUAUGUCAGAAGGUCCCACCUUACCCGGGGACCUCCUGUGCCCGUCCAGUGGGAUGCUGAUGUCAGAUGUGGCGCUGCAGUCACAUACUUGUGAGUUUUGUAAUGCAGUUUUUCCUGGAGACACAACCACAAGAGGAGAUUUCCUGAGACAUCUUUACACGCACGUCACCUGAACUGACUCUUCUUCUUCUACUCUGUACAGUGAUGAUCAGGUAUAACUCGGUGAACCUGUUUUCUAGGGAAAACAUCAGAGCUGACCUGUUUUUAUAUGGAUGUUGUUUGCCUUUGGAUGUUUUUAACCUUAACUAAAGGAGAACUGAUUACAUUCCUACUUUCUGAACAAACUGUUGGACAUGUUGUGCACAUCAGAACAGAGGAUGAUCCUCCUCAGGAUACUUGAAUGUAAGGUUUCUUUACAGGAUUAGAAAAUAUGGGCUUGUCGAAAAUAGCUGUUUCACUUUGUAUCACUGUAAUGCUCGGACAGCAACGACACUACUCUACAACAUGUAAUAGACAUAAAUCUUUGAUAGUGAUGGCUCACAUGUAACUGGAAAUAAAUCAGCUGUCUGGAGAUAUUAAUUAAUAGAAUAAACUGAUCACAUUGAAGAGUAAUUGGCCCACACUAUUUGAACAUGAGUCUAUGUAACAACAGCUCUUGGCACAGUGUUUCUUUGGAUGGAAAAUUGAUGAAGUUUUGUUUAUUUAACCUUUUGCAUGAUAGCAAUUAGUUAGAAAAAGGCAAAUCAUGGCAGUCAUGGACAUAUUUUGGGGUAUUUGAUCUGAAUGACUAUUUGAAAAGAUAAAUCUAUAACUGAAGUAUUUGUUUACCUUCAUGCUCUCUCUCAGCGUUGAGUACAGUGUAUCCAGUUCUCUUGUUGUCACAUCAGUCUCAUCUCACCUUGCAGCUGUUAAUAGGUUAAUAAGCUAUGGAUGUACUUGGCCAUCCUUGACUGAUGACUAUUUUACGCCUUUUGUAGCAGAACAUUUGUAUGCAUCAUUUUAAAUGUACUGUAUAUGAUUGGCAUUUUGAAGAAUUGAUUUGCAGGCACUAUUUAAGACAUCUUUGAAAGAAAUCAGGAGAUAAGUUAAAAGGAAAAAUAUUUUCCAAUGCUUCAUACGAUCCAGCUGAUUACAGGACAAUUUUUAAAAAAUAUAUAGAUGAAGUCUGACUGCUAGGCUGUUAUUCAUCCUUUUUGAAUAAAUCAAUGAUUUGAUUGUAGAUAAUAAGAUUUCCUUAAUGGACACCCUGCUGUCAUCUGAUCAGCGGCCUGCUGCUCUGCUCUUUGUCUCUGAGGAGAAGUCUGGGAUGAAUAUAGACUCAAAAAUAUAACUCUGAAUGUGUUACUUAUUUGGAGUAAAUGGUAAUGCUACUUUUUCAACCAUUUCUUUGGGAUCAUAACCAGAAAAAAGAAAUUACAUGUCAGUCCAUCAGUUUUCUGUUCAGAUCCUCCAGUAAAAAACAAAAAUGUCAGUUAAAAAAACACAUGAUCAUGAAAGACAGCAGGAUACAUCCUCUGGGAACCCAGAAUGUUGUAGAAAAUGUCAUCUGACCAACAGAUAAAUAGGCAGAAAAUGUUGCAACCUGAUGCAGCACAGACUUAUAUCACUGGAAGUCUAACAGAUUGUAAACUAACUCUGAUUCUGCGAUUCACAAACAGUAAAGCGCUGGGGUAAACUCACUAUACAUUUUUUAACUUUCAACUGACUCCUUCGAUAUCCUCGGGGGAUUAUGUUCAUACGACUGUUUUGUACAAUGUCAAAUCAUUCAAGUGAGUUUGUUGGCAAGUGUGUGGAUGAGUGCUGAUGACACCACUGGUACAGGUGAGUCAUGCCUGACUCGAAGCCUGGUGUGAAGCGUCAGUGCUACAAACGACAGCAGAGGUGUUGCUGGCUGUGUGACGCAGCUCCUGCAGCCUCUUCCACACAUCAAAGAACUGCCAAGAAAAAAAGAAGACUUGUACUGACUACACUUCGAGGGGAAAAAUGCAACACUCUCAGGCUUUAAGAAAUAAAAUAACAUUUAUUGAGAUGUAACAAAAUAAAUAAUCUGUUAUGCAACAUAAUAAACUGAGUAUGUUACUAAUGCUCAAGAGACAGGCAGAUGUGAGUGAUGCACUGCAAGCUACCUCACUGAAAGACUUGUUAGGUUUACAAAAAUGUCACAUUUUGAACCAUUAUUAACAUGAAAUUUGUCAUUAAAAAAAUGAAUACACUUUGCACUAGGCCACUGAUGUAAAUUGUAAGAGCUGCUGAAACCGGAGUCAAGGACCUUGGCAAUCUUUGUGGAAACCUGUUAAAGUUUUUUUGUUGAAAUUUUUUAAAAAUUUAGAAAGUCCAGAAAGAUAAAUCCCGCAAAUUUUCAGAGAGCCUUUCAGGGUCGGAAAAACUGAAAUUUUUCACAUAAGGCUCAAAUUCCAAACAUCUGCCGCACCUUAGUCAAAUCUGAAGCAUUGACUUAUUCACUGAGUAAUCCUUUGUUGAAAAAACAUCUUUCUUGAAACUUUGAAUGCAAUUCCCUCAAAUGUUGAGCCAAGUUUUCUUUAGCAAGGUCUUGCAGGGCUACUCAAAACCUAAGCUCACUGUCACAGGAGGCAGCUAAGACACAAGCUUCCACCAAGCAUCAGUUUUUUACUUUUUUCAUGCUGCUGAGAAUCGAAAAGGUGUUCUGAGCACAUUUUUACAUAAUCAAAGAAAAUGUAAAGCCUCAUUGCUGACAAAUGCCACAUCAGCUGCUUGUAAAAAAAGUAUGAUCACAGAAAGAUGUGAGGGAGUGAAUGAACAAGUCCCAAGGCUUUAUGUCUCAUAAACCUCAGCAUGUCUCUUCAAAUCUUCUUUCCUGAUCCGCCUACAUGGACUUAAGUUUUUUUUUUAAACUGCGAAUAUUUGAGAAAAUCUAAGGCUUCCAAAAUCACGUCAAUUCAUCCACUUGUUUCCUGAGGAUGAGGAGCUGCUCAGGAUGUUGUAACACUGUUUUUAGAUGGUCUCUUAUCUGGGGAAGUGGAAAAAAAGGUCUCCAGCAAGAAAAGAAAACACUUCCUUUACAUAACCACAAUAAGUUAGUGGAGUCGGUUAGGAGAGUUAAUUUCCAAAGUUGCAGUGCCCCCUGCUGCAGCUGUGCAGAGAUAAAUCAAUCUGAAACAUGGCACUCCUAAGGAGUCAAAUUUUUCACAUGGAAAAUGAUGGUGUUGACAGAAAUAGCUAAAACAGCUUUAUUUUUCUAUUAACUUCUGAACAUAUCUUCAAUGUAAAAACCUAACAAAAAGAGUUUCCACUUCAUGUUCACUGGAUGUAACACCAGAACAGUGGUCACCAGGGGUUUAUGAAGUCGGCCGGUGGUCGUUUUUGACAUUUACUGUCUUGAUUUUGUAGUCGGUCAAAAUCCUCUUCACAUCAGCUUUAAGUGACUCAGGUACAAACAGAAAAACUCUGCAGAAGAGAGUCCUGCAGAAGAGUUCGGGAUUUGGGGCAAGUUUUCUUUUUCAUUUCCCUCGAUGAUUAGAGUUGUCUUUGGUGAUGCAGGGGCUAACACUCCUGCAUGCUGUUAUCGAGCUCCGCCUCUCCACUUUAACAUCGAUGUCUGUAAGAGAGAGGUAACGUUUGAGGGUGAUAAUGAUUACAAUGAUGUAAUGAGUCACUUUGAGAUACUUUCAGAUACUAGCUAAAUAAGAAAUAAAGAUAAUAAGAAGAGCACUGAGAGCUGUCCUAGGCAGGAGUUUAGGAUGAGCGAGCGAUACAUGUAAUAUCCAAAACUAUACUGUUGGCUGUGAAUCAGGAAAAUGAAAAGAUUAAAGCAAGAUAACAA